CUCUAUAUGUAUGGAGUCCAGCGCUUAAUGAGGAAGCAGACUUAGUGCAGACUACUGAACGGGGGGCAGCAAUCAGAAGAUUUUAUAUUUUUGACCGUGACAUCAUUGUAUAAGCAUCUACAUCGGCACAGUACGAUAGUGUUCACCGUGUGAAAGGAAUUUUUACCCAGAGGAGCUUUAUCAUUCGCCAUCCCUCUUACAACUGCUCCCCGCAAGCCCGUCUCCUCUCCGCCAUUCCCCACCCCUAGUCGAUCGGUGCCGCUCUUAUAUACUGAGCUGGAGAAUAAUUCUGACAUAGCUUCAUUAGCUCUCGACCUUACAACACCAACGACCACAAAGAGAUAAUCAAUAUGGCCAAAUUCAUCGUAGUAAUCUUCGCUUGCUUGGCUUUAGCCUCAGCUGGACUGGUGCGUCGCGAUGCUCCCAACAUGUUUGAUGAGUGGCAAAAGCACGCCCAAGAGUUCCAGAAGAUUUUCAACGAUCAAUUGAACGCUCUCACCAGCUCCAAGAACACCGAGGAGUUCAACAAAGUGUUGAAGGAGGGUUCAGAGUCUGUACUCUCUCAGAUUUCUGCUUUGUCAGGCAGCCUUCAAUCUGCUCUGAAGGAAGCCAAUGGCAAGGCCAAGGAAGCUCUUGAGCAGGCCCAGGCUAACCUGCAACGUACCGCCGAGGAUCUGCGCAAAUCUCACCCAGAGGUAGAACAGCAAGCCAACGCUCUUAAAGCAAAACUGCAGGACGCCGUUUCCAAGACCGUUUCUGAGACCCAGAAGUUGGUGAAAGAAGUGUCAGCGAACAUCGAACAAACCAACCAGAAGCUGACCCCUAAGAUCAAGGAGGCCUACGACGACUUCGUGAAACAAGCUGAAGAUGUACAGAAGAAGCUGCACGAAGCCGCCAACAAGCAGUAAAUAGUAUCCAAACUGCCUUUAUUAUAUUUCUCUAUGUGAUAUAUCUUCAAUAAAAUAGUUAAUACCUAA